AUGGCAGUCAACACUGCAGGGUGGAUGUCCAAUACAUCUGACUUGGAAGCAAUCAAGCCUGCAUCAACCCAAGCCACCGAGCCUCACAAAGAUUGGCCGUGGAAUCGGAACACGAGAGGCCUGCCAUUUACUGUGCUGGCACAGGCCCUCAGUUCUACGUCAAAGGGGUGUGGCGUCCAGGAGUAUAUCUAUCAGGGCCAUCUUCCGAAUGCGAUCUCGAUACUGAAGUGGAGACCCUACAGGGGGGCGGCGACGGUCGAGGACCUCGUUGCCAUCCUCAAAACUCCAGCAGAUGCCUACAGCACAUUCUUCAUCGUGACCGACACAAGUCCCGAGGUGAUCCAAGCGUUGGGGUAUCACCUCCAUAUAACGCCUCGAUUCUUCGAUAUCCCGUACACGAUCCUCAGCACCGGGAAUCGGGUGCGACAAUAUAGCUUCUUCUCGCUUCAACUGAUGGAAAGGUAUUCUCUAGGUGAACGUCCGGCCGAGGCAUGUCGCAAUGAUGCAAGUCCGCGUACUCGAUUCUCUGCGAAGGGCGGCCCAUUGCCGCACGAAUGGCAUGUGACGCGAGUGGCCGUGAUCUUCCUCAUAGAUGAGACCAGGCAGAACUUGUCCAAGGGCCUCGUCCUGCUGGACAACAAAGACCAAGCAAUUGCGAAGGCUCUGGAGAAGUUGAUGAUGCGUGACGAGGCCACGGUAACUGGAGGCAUGGGGACAGUUGCUGGACAAGGUCAGGUCCUAACAGGGCUCUUCCAUAUCAUCAACGUCACAUGGGAUGUGUUCCUUGGGGAGGCCGAAGCACAUUUACGCUAUCUCAGCGUCAAAUGCAUCGAUGAAGACCUGUCUCCGACGGACCAGCUGAGAUAUACGCGCGAGCUACAUCAGCUCUCUCCACUCUGGGUGCAGGUCCGCCGAAGGCUGCUUGCGACCAGGACGGUUGCGAAGCAAAUGAUGGCUCGUCCAGACCUCAUAUCGAGAUUUGUUCGUCCAUACUACACAGAGGAUGACGCACAAUUCUACACAGGUGACGAACAUGAGGCAUUCGAAGGCUACAUGAACAACUGCGUGAACGUCGUCGAAGACCAGAUCGAUCGAUCGAAAGAGCUCGCAGAAGAAACAAGCAACUUGAUCAGUCUGAUCCUCAACAUCACCACGAUGCAGGACACCAGAGCCACGAUCGCGGAAAGCAAAGCAGCGAACGCUUUCGCGGCGAGCAUUCGGCGGAUCACGGUCCUGACCUUUGUGUAUCUGCCAUUGACUCUGGCGGCGGGAAUCUUCGGGAUGAACGUUCAACAGAUCACGGGUCAAGCCGGGCAACCACAAGUGUGGUGGUACAUCAUCGUUGCGAUGUCGUUAAUGGCGGCAUCUUUUGGCGCAUGGUGCCUGUGGUCACGAUUUGGAGGAGUCUUUGAUAGGAAAGCUCGGCGAAGGAUGGAUAUUGAGGGAUUGAAUACGGUCGCUCCGUGA